AUGCGCGGAAGCGUGCAGCGCAUGCGCAGCACCCCGUAUCACCCCGCCCUCAAAGCGGCGCAUGCGCCGCGCGGACACGCCGCCCUGCGCAUGCGCCUCGUCGUCACAUCGCCUCCCAUACGGCUUCACGCAUGCGCGGAUCCGCCAGACGCUAAGCCGCGCGUGCGCAGGGCGCAGCCCCGCUCCGCCCCUCAGCGGCGCAUGCGUGAGGACCCCCCCCGCGGCCGCACCCCCCCCGCCAUGAACGGGGCCCGCGCCGCCGCCCGCCUCCUCGCUCGCCGCUUCCGCGCCUUCGUGGGGGCUCAGCCCCACACUUGGGGGGCGGAGGCCGCCUUCGCCCAACGCUUCGCCCGCCGCUUCCUGCAGCAUUUCCAGGCCGAGCUGGCGAGGGCUGGGAUCGGGGGGAACCGGGCCGAGAUCGGGGGGAACGGGGCCGAGGUCGGGGCUGAAAGCGGGGGGUGUGGGGCUGAGGCGGGGGGCAGAGGAAUCGGGGGCGAAGUGGGGGGGGAAACGGGGGGAAAUGGGGCUGAGUUCGGGGGUGGAAGUGGGGGAAAUAAUGGGGCUGAAGUCAGGGGUGGGAAAAUCGGGGGGGAAACGGGGGGAAAUGGGGCUGGGAUGGAAGGAAGCGGGGCUGGGAUUUGGGGGUUUGGGGCUGAGAUUGGAGGAAGUGGGGGCAAAGCUGGGGGAAGCGGGGCCGGGAUUUGGGGAAUUGGGGCUAAAACCAGAGGAAAUGGGGCUGAGGUGGGGGGUGGCGAGGCUGGAGGAAGCAGGGCUGAGUUUGGGGGAUGUGGGGCUGAAAUUGUGGGAACGGGGCUCAAAAGUGGGGAGAGGAGAGGUGGGAAUUGGGGGCACGGGGCUGAAAAUUGGGGGCACGGCCCCAAAAGCGGAGAGAACGGUCCCGAAAAUGGGGGAAAUGGCCCCAAAAACGGCAAGAAUGGACCCGAAAAUGGAGAGAAGAGAUUUGAAAAGAGAAGGAACGAGUCUGAAAAUGGAGAGAACGGCCCCAAAAAUGGAGGAAAUGGCCCCAAAAAUGGGGGAAGCUGCUGCGGAAACGGCGGGAGUUGUUCUCAGAAUGGAGGAAAGAGACCCAAAAAUGGGGGAAACGACCCCAGAAGUGGUGGAAACGAUCCCAAAAAUGGGAGGAUUGACCCCAAAAAUGGGGGAAGCGGAGUCGGAAGCGACGAGAGCGGCGCUGAAAAUGGGGAGAACGGCUUGGAAAAUUGGGGAAACGGACCCAAAAAUGGGGGAAAUGGACCCAAAAAUGGGGGGAACGGACCCAAAGAUGGGAGAGGUGGACCCAAAAAUGCGGGAAAUGAACCCAAAAAUGGGGGAAAGUGCCUCGAAAACAUUGGUGGCGUCACUGGGAGUACUGGGAACGGGUUUGGAAAUGUCCAAAGUGGUGCUGGAAAUGGGGCAAAAAACGCCGAUUUUGGGACUGAAAAUACGGAGCACGGGGCUGAAAAUAGCAGAAACGGCGCGGAAAAGGCUCAUUUUGGGGCGAAAAAUGUCAAAAAUGGUACAGAGCACCUGGAAAUUGGAGCUGAAAAUGGCGAAUUUUGCACGGGACGUGUG